AUGUCUAGUGCCGUAGCGACUGGCUCAUUAGCCGAACAUCGCGCACAGGCUAGCCUUGAUGUGCUUCCUGCCGAGCUACAGAACACCAUCAUGGAGGAAAAGUUUGCGCAGAUCAAGCAACAGCGUCAGGACGCACGUACCGUACUGCACGAAGCCAAGCAGCGUACACGCAACCAACAGACCGACCAGCAGAUCCUGCUGCUCAUGCAAGCCGACGAACGACUCGCCGCGCUCCUCUCGCAAGCUGCCGAUUCUAUGCGUGCGCUCUUGCCUCCCGUUGCUCAUACAGAUCCUAGCGUGACCACACCUGCUUCGCCCGCCGCCGACAGCACGCCAGCUCACGGUGCCAAGGCGUUCGAGGACAAGGCACAACAGUGGUUCUCGAUCCUCAACGAAGUACAGUACUCGCUCCGCAGCGUUGUGCGAUACCUGCGCCAAGCGCAGUUGUCGCCAAUCACCCCUCCCGUCGGCCCCGACGCGCGUUUAUCUGGUAGGGCAGGUUCAGCCGGCCGUGGACACAAUCUCUCGCUGCUCGAAGCGUUUACUGACAUCGCCGGUCUUCCAGGUGGCACCACUUUCAAGCUUCAACCUCUGCAUACCACCACUCCAUCAGCCCCAUCUGCAUCCUCGUCGCUCUCAACUAUUUUGCCAGAGUCCAACUUGAGCUUGCAGGCACUGCGCGAAAGGCAAAGCAACUGGAAAACCCUCUCGGGCUCCUUGCACCAGAUUCAUCAGUCCAUGAUCGACAGCACCGCUGACGGCAGCUUCAAAACAUCCCCCGAGCUGAGCUUGCUCGAAAACAUCAAGAACGGUUGCAGCUGCGACCGAAUCCUCAUUGAUGCGCUUGUCAAUACCAACAACGUGGCCUGA